AUGGAAGCGGCUGGUCUUGCCUCUAGUAUCCUGACAUUCAUCGAUAUUUCCUUCAAGAUCGUCAAAGGCGCCCAUGAGCUCUACAAGUCCGCUUCUGGUUCGACGUCAGAGAAUAACCACAUCGCCAACGUUGUCCUGGAUCUGGAGAAAGCUUCUGGCUAUUUGAGCAUACCUCAGUCAGGAAAUAAGGAUACAGGACUUCAAAGCCUUGUGGCUCAGUGUCAAAGCUUAUCACGCGAUUUACUUGAGCUUCUGGAUAAGCUUCAAGUCAAAGACAAGACUCUCUUCAAAAGCUUUGCUGCUGCCUUUGCAAAUGCUCGCAAGCAAAAAGACAUUGCCUCGAUCGAACAUCGUCUGGAUCAAUACAAGCAGCAGAUUUUGCUUCGUCUCAGCCUUCUUUUCUGCUCGAGGCGAUUCGAAAAGAAAGCAACCGAUUAG